GGAAGCGGCGUGAACCGCAGGAUCUGAAAGGCUCGGAGGAACUCUUGGCCUCUCAGCUUCGCCCGGACCCUAAGCGGGCGCCUCUGUCCCUGUGUCCGGCCGCGCCCUGCCCGGUCCUCCGCCCCUCAGGUUCUUUUUGUAAUUUUGAGUAAACUUCCAGCAGGACUAUGAAAGAUUAUGAUGAGCUUCUCAAAUACUAUGAAAUAUAUGAAACUAUUGGGACAGGUGGCUUUGCAAAGGUCAAACUUGCCUGCCAUAUCCUUACUGGAGAAAUGGUAGCUAUAAAAAUCAUGGAUAAAAAUGCACUGGGGUAUUGCCCUGGAGGAGAGCUGUUUGACUACAUAAUUUCCCAGGAUCGCCUGUCGGAGGAGGAGACCCGUGUUGUCUUCCGUCAGAUCGUUUCUGCAGUUGCUUACAUGCACAGCCAGGGCUAUGCUCACAGGGACCUCAAACCGGAAAAUUUGUUGUUUGAUGAAUAUCAUAAAAUAAAGCUGAUUGACUUUGGGCUCUGUGCGAAACCCAAGGGUAACAAGGACUACCAUCUACAGACAUGCUGUGGGAGUCUUGCUUAUGCAGCACCUGAAUUAAUACAAGGCAAAUCGUAUUUGGGAUCAGAGGCAGAUGUUUGGAGCAUGGGCAUACUCUUAUAUGUACUUAUGUGUGGCUUUCUACCAUUUGAUGAUGAUAAUGUUAUGAUUUUGUACAAGAAGAUUAUGAAAGGGAAAUAUGAGGUUCCUAAGUGGCUCUCUCCCAGUAGCAUUCUGCUUCUUCAACAAAUGCUACAGGUGGACCCAAAGAAACGGAUUUCUGUGAAAAAUCUAUUGAACCAUCCCUGGAUCAUGCAAGAUUACAACUGUCCUGUUGAGUGGCAAAGCAAGAAUCCUCUUUUCUUCCAGUGGCAAUAUGAUCAUCUCACAGCUACCUAUCUUCUGCUUCUAGCCAAGAAGGCUCGGGGGAAACCAGUUCGUUUAAGGCUUCCUCCUUUUUCCUGGGGACAAGUCAGUGGUACCCCAUUCACAAAUGUCAAGUCAAAGAACCUGAGUUUAGAAGAUAUGACCACAAGUGAUGCAAAUUAUGUGGCUGGAUUAAUAGACUAUGAAUGGUAUGACGACAAUUCAUCAACAGGUGUGGCUACUCCCCAAACACCACAGUUUGCCAAGCAUUGGACAGAAUCAAACGGUUUGGAAUCUAAAUCAUUAACUCCAGUUUCAUGCAAAGCAUCUGCCAAUAAAUUAAAGAACAAAGAGAAUAUAUAUACUCCCAAGUCUGCUGAAUAAUGAAGAGAUGGCUUUGUACUUCCAGAGCCAAAGACUCCAGUUAAUAAGAACCAGCAUAAAUUUUGGAACCACAGUAUGUCAGCUCUGGUUUUGUUUGUGUUUGUGGUUUUUCUAAUAGUUAGAAACCAGUGCCUGGAGGAAACCCCAAUUAAAAUGCCAGUAAAUUCCGCAGGAGCAGAGAAGUUAAUGACAGGUGUCAUUAGCCCUGAGAGGCGGUGUCGCUCAGUGGAACUGGAUCUCAACCAAGCACAUGUAGAGGACACUCCAAAAAGAAAAGGAACCAAAGUGUUUGGGAGCCUUGAAAGGGGCUUGGAUAAGGUUAUUACUGUGUUUACCAGGAGCAAAAGGAAGGGCUGUGCCAAAGAUGGACCGAGAAGAUUAAAGCUUCACUAUAAUGUGACGACAACCAGAUUGGUGAAUCCAGAUCAGCUCUUGAAUGAAAUAAUGUCUAUUCUUCCAAAGAAGCACGUUGACUUUGUGCGGAAGGGCUAUACACUGAAGUGUCAAACACAGUCAGAUUUUGGCAAAGUGACAAUGCAGUUUGAACUAGAAGUAUGCCAGCUUCAGAAACCCGAUGUGGUGGGUAUCAGGAGGCAGCGGCUUAAGGGUGAUGCCUGGGUUUACAAGAGAUUAGUGGAAGACAUCCUGUCUAGCUGCAAGGUGUAAUUGAUGGAUGGUUUCCAUGCUGCUGGACGAGGAUGGGUGUGAUACAGAGACUGGUGUGAUUGGUUUGAUUUUCAAAGUCCAUUGGAAUGAGAAACUCCUUUCCAAAGAGCUAUCUUAAAGAUCAAUAUAUUUUUGUUUUUAAACAAAAGAUACUAUUUUGUGGAUGAAUCUAAGGCUAGCCCAUCUGUCAUUAUCUUUUCUGUCUUUUUUAAUCAUAUGGCUUUGUGUAUUAGCAACUGUUGACUUCCCUAGAUUCACUUCCAUAUGUGAAUGUAGGCUCUUAACUAUGUCUCCUUUUAAUGUGUAAUUUCUUUCUGAAAUAAAACCAUUUGUGACUGUC